CAACGUCAAUGAUUGGUCAAUAGUACUAUUGAAAACACGCCUACUUCAAAAUGUAAACAUUGCCUGAAAAUGGACGCGAGUUGUACGGCAUGGUUGAAAAUAUUUCGCAGAUUUAGAGGAAAUAUUGUCGGAAUGAUUCACUUAUCAGCGUGUCCUGGAACACCCAGAUAUCAAGGGUCUGUGAGGAAAAUUAUAGAGAAGGCUGAGUAUGAAGCCAAAAUAUAUAAGGAGGCUGGUGUGGACAGUGUAUUGGUGGAGAAUAUGCACGAUAUCCCGUACCUCCACACACAGGAAGUUGGACCGGAAGUUGUAUCUACUAUGACUAGGGCGUGUUCCAGGGUUAGACAAGUGUUUGAUACAGGACCAGUGGGUGUCCAGAUACUGGCAGGUGCAAAUAAACAAGGUUUAGCCGUGGCUGUGGCAGCAGAGCUGGAUUAUAUUCGGGCUGAAGGAUUUGUGUUUAGUCACGUGGCUGACGAGGGUUUAAUGAACGCAUGUGCAGGUCCCUUGUUGAGAUAUCGCAAAAUGAUCGGUGCAGAACAUAUACAAGUAUUUACAGAUAUCAAAAAGAAGCACAGUGCCCACAGUAUAACAUCUGAUGUAAGUAUAGAAGAUACAGCACAGGCUGCCCAGUAUUUUCUUACUGAUGGUGUUAUUCUCACAGGAAGUUCCACUGGUCUACCAGUAAAUCAUCAGGAACUUGAAGUCGUGCAGAAGUCGGUGGAUAUACCGGUGCUGAUAGGUUCCGGGGUGACGGCUGACAACUAUCCUGUCUUCAAGUCGGCUCAUGCCCUCAUAAUAGGUUCUUACUUCAAGAUGGCACAUCGCUGGCAUGGUGAUAUUGAUGAAAAGAUUCUAUCUGACUUCAUGGAUAUUGUUAGAAAAGACAGGUCGUCAGAAAAUAUCCAAGAAGAAAAAUGAUUGGAUGAUAUUAAUAUGUAUUUUUACUUCAAAAAUCCCGGUGAUUAAAGGUGUUUAGCUAGUCAGAAUAUUAUCUGUAAUUAUAUAUAUACAUUCCAAUUGUUUAAUUCAUUGAUUUUUAGAUAAUAUUUUCUAGCUUUUAUUACUAUGUUAAUGGUGUUGUAGCUCAAUUGUUUGUUUUGCUGAUUCAUUGUUACAUGA